UCAUAAGACAAGUUAUCUGCCACAGCAAGAUGUCGGCUGUCGAGUUGAAUCCGAAACCUUUGCGAGUUUCUCCUUUCAUUAAGUUUUGCCGCUGGAGUCUGCUCCUUACUGGAAUUGCUUAUGGUGCGUACCAUCAAAGAAGAUUGAAGAGAAGAGAAGAUGCUCGUAGAGCAGAAGAGCUGAGACUUAAACCUAUGCGUGAUGCCAAGCUAGCUGAGGAAAGAAGACUUGCUGUAAUGGCUGAAGAAAAAAUGUUGGACGAAUAUUUCAACCCACCAAAGGCAACAUAAACAUAAUUUGUUUGGCGUUAGUAUAUAUAUAUAUAUAAAUAUAUAAAAUGUAUGUCACACACACACACACACACGAAAUACUGAAUUAUUUGUAUGUAUCUAUAGAACUAGUCGACUUGUUGCUUUAACAUCAUUGUCACAGUCACAGAUGAUAAAUUCUUUUAUUGUACAAAAAUAACAAAUAAAGAUCUGUUUAAAAAUUAUAAA